AUGUCCGAAUCAGCCAGCACUGAUAGCCUGAUGGCUCGACCAGCUUCACCUAUAACUGACGAUGACCAAGAUCUUUUCAGAUCAUUUUUCAAUGGGCCUGAGGAGUUUACUUUGCAUCCUCUGGGAUGUGGCUCGAGCGGGACUUCUUUGUCACCUCGAGCGCGUCCAUCCUCGGUUGAGGAACAAGACGUUGAAAAUUUGCCCAAGAAUCCUGUGCGACAUGCUCCAGGUCUACGAAAUCUAAUCUCAGACUGGAGUUCAGAGCUUUUUGCCUUGGUUUCAAGCGCAGUCUCUCUCUGUGCGCUCAUCAUCCUUGCUCGUCAGAAUGGCCAACAACUCUCUACCUGGACUCUACCACUGUCUCUCAACACCGUGGUGUCCCUUCUGAAUUGGGUAUGCUUUGGAGCUGGCAUCACAAUUGGCUUGCUUGCCAUUGACCCAUUCCUUCAAGGACUGGUUCAAUAUGUGGGCAAGAUGUCCUCCAUGGUUGACCGUAGCGCAUCCAUAAUGCGUAGCCAUGGGCUGGACGUUGGUGAAUGGGUGCAAAAAGCUUCCGGGGAGGACAUGCCUUGUUCGCCAACCGAACAUUUACGAAAAACGACUCUGUACAACAUACGUUCAGACUAUGGUCAAGACAUGGAUAGUCCAGCCCUUGAAGCUAUCGAAAGAACCAUCGGAACCUCCCUCGCGGGGGUGGACGAGGAGAAGAAAUGCCUGGUACCCAGAAGUGACCUCCAGCUGAGGCUUCUGGAUCAGGACAAUUGGUUACCGCGUGAUAUUCGACGAACAUUCAACAUUACUCAGAGAUCAAUAACGACCAUGAUGAGUAGUCUGGACUACGAGGCUAUCGAUUUCAUCAACAGAGCAUUAUCAAACUCGACCAACAUCACCGCUACAUUCAACAAUGUCGCCCACCUCAUGUCGUACCAGAUGCGCGACACGAACGGAUCCCCUGUCCAAGGCUAUACGCGAGAAUGGGUAAUCUACAUCAGGGUGCGCUGGCCGUUGAUUUCCGGUCCUGUAGUACUGUUGUUAGCUACGGUUUUGUUUUCCGGCUGGGUUGUGAUGGAGUCGCGAGGGAUCGAGCUUGAGACGUUCAAGUCUGAACCCCUCGAGAUGCUUCUUUACGGGUUUGAUGCCAAGUCGAGGGACUACUUGAGGGUUACUCGCAAAGCAGGUCAGAAUGUCGAGGAUAAGAUAAUUCAGUUAGAGGAAGCGGCUGAGGGGCCGGAGUUGAGGUUGAAGGAUAGACCUGAAUGA